AUGAAAUCAGACUCUUUGGCAGUAAGUGUAUUUAUUUUUGAUUAGGAAGAAUUACCAAAUCAAGAACCCGAUAGGUCGUGGAGCUGGUAGUUUUGUAUGUAAAAUUGUCAACCGUUUAAAUAAAGUGGAGAUGGCUGCCAAGAUCAUACAAAAAACAUCAUCUAAUGCUCAAAAAAUAUAAAAUGAAGUUGAUAUACAUUUAGAAUUGCAUCAUAAGAAUGUAGUACAUUUAACAGACAUUUUUGAAGAUGAUGAUAAUAGUUAUCUGAUUAUGGAAUUAUGUGAUUCAGAUAUAUAUUAGCUAAUUAAAAAAGAACAAUUCUCUGAAUAAUAAAUAAGAUAUUAUGGUAAAUAAUUGGCAGAAGGCUUAUAAUAUUUACAUUCUCAUAAUAUAAUUCAUAGAGAUAUCAAAUUAGGUAAUUUAUUAAUCCAAAAUGAUAUUCUAAAAAUUGCUGAUUUUGGAUUGGCUGUAAAAUUAAAUAAUGAUGAAGAAGAGAGAAGUACUUUAUGUGGAACUCCAAAUUAUAUAAGUCCUGAAAUAUUAAAUUAAUAACCUUAUGGUAAAAAGGUUGAUUUAUGGAGUAUGGGAUGUUGUUUAUAUGCUAUGGCUACAGGUCAUGGUCCAUUUGAAGAGAAAAAUACUCCAUUAGGAGAAGUAUUGAGAAGAGUAAAAGUAGGAGAUUUUGAUUUACCUAAUAAUUUCUCAGAAGUGUUUAAAGAUUUAAUUAUUAAUUUAUUGAAUUUGGAUGCUGAUUAGAGAUAUUCUAUUGAAAAGAUCAUAAAACAUCCUUUUUUUAUUGAACCUAUUCCUCCAAGGAUUUAGAGUAGAAAUUAAUCAAGUUCUUAGAUUAAGUAACUUCUUGAUUUAAGUCCUUUUGUAAAACAUUAACAUAGAUAAACAUGUUCAAUGAUAGGUUUGGAAAAAUAAUAGAUAGUAGCUUCAUUUUUAUAGAAAUAAUAAUAAUUAGGUGGUAAAAAAUUAUUAUUUGGUAUGACAACUAAUUGUAAAGGUGGUUUAAAAUAAAAUUAUCAUUUAGAGAAUGUACCUAGAUUUUUCUUGCCUUAAGAAUCUCAUUCAAAUAAUACUAGUUGUAAUCAUCAUAAUAAGGAAAAUAUAAAUAAAGAAAAUUGUAAUAAAGAAAAUAUUAGAGAAAAUAGUGUAAAAUUGAAAAAAUAGAAUUCAUCAACCAUUAAUAUUUAUAAUGAAUCUCCUAUAAAAUUAGAAGAUUUAAAAUCAUGUAAAUUAUAAACAAAGAAUGGUUUAUUAUAAAUACAUGAAGAUGGUAGAUUUGAAAUGGAUGUAUGUAAUAAGGAUUUAAAUUUUAUAAUCUAAACAAAUGGAUAAGAAGUAAUAAUUAUAUAAAAAAAUUUAGAUUUUAGUUUAAAAAAAAGGAUAGAAACCAAAAUAAUAUAGAUUAAAUGAAUUACCAUAAAAAUUAUAGAAAUUUUAUACAUAUUCUAAAUAAGUAUGCAAUGCUAUUAGAGAAAGAAAUUAAAAACAUAAAAUUACUAAUGAACAUGGAAAUUUUGCUUUAAAAAAUACAAAAUUAGGAUAAUGUUUUGAAGGAUACAUUGCUUAAUCCAAAAUUAAAGUAUAUAUAUUUAUUUAUUCUAUGAUUAGAUUCAAUAUAUUUUAAAUUCAGAUACUUUAAAAUUAUAAUUGUAGAAUGGAACUUUGAAAUCUAUCAAUAUUAAUGAAUUUUAAUAAAUGUCUACUUAAGCUAGAAUGGAUCCUAAUGAAGUUUAUUCAAUAAAAAUAGCUCUCAAGUAUUUAACUUAAUGUUAAUAAUGA